CUCUACUCACUCUCCGUAGCGCCUUAGCCCGCUCGAGUUUCAAUGCGCGUUGUUGCUGGACGAAGCUGAGUCCUAUACAGCGCUCGCUGCUCUCCCGAUCAUGGCUUCUUCGAGUUCCUUCACCUACUAUUGUCCUCCAUCUUCCUCCCCUGUCUGGUCAGAACCGCUGUAUAGUCUGAGACCUGAGCACGCGCGAGAGCGGUUGCAAGACGACUCAGUGGAAACAGUCACGUCCAUAGAACAGGCCAAAGUGGAAGAGAGGAUCCAGGAGGUCUUCAGUUCUUACAAGUUUAACCACCUAGUACCCAGGCUCAUUUUGCAGAGGGAGAAGCAUUUCCAUUAUCUGAAAAGAGGCCUUCGACAACUGACAGAUGCCUAUGAGUGUCUAGAUGCCAGCCGCCCCUGGCUCUGCUACUGGAUCCUGCACAGCUUGGAACUCCUAGAUGAGCCCAUCCCCCAGUUAGUGGCUUCAGACGUGUGUCAGUUCCUGGAGCUGUGUCAAAGUCCAGAUGGUGGCUUUGGAGGAGGCCCUGGGCAGUACCCACACCUUGCACCCACGUAUGCAGCUGUCAACGCGCUGUGCAUCAUUGGCACGGAGGAAGCCUACAACGUCAUCAACAGACAGAAGCUUCUUCAAUACUUAUACUCCCUGAAGCAACCCGAUGGCUCUUUUCUCAUGCACGUUGGAGGUGAGGUGGAUGUGAGAAGCGCGUACUGUGCUGCCUCAGUGGCCUCUCUAACCAACAUCAUCACUCCAGACCUCUUUGAAGGCACUGCUGAAUGGAUAGCAAGGUGCCAGAACUGGGAAGGGGGCAUCGGCGGGGUGCCAGGGAUGGAAGCCCAUGGUGGCUACACCUUCUGUGGCUUGGCUGCGCUGGUAAUCCUCAAGAAGGAACGUUCUUUGAACCUGAAGAGCUUGUUACAAUGGGUAACGAGCCGGCAGAUGCGAUUUGAAGGAGGAUUUCAGGGCCGCUGCAACAAGCUGGUGGACGGCUGCUACUCCUUCUGGCAGGCAGGACUCCUGCCUCUGCUGCAUCGUGCCCUGCACGCUCAAGGUGACCCUGCCCUCAGCAUGAGCCACUGGAUGUUCCAUCAGCAGGCCCUGCAGGAGUACAUCCUGAUGUGCUGCCAGUGCCCAGCCGGGGGUUUGCUGGACAAACCUGGCAAGUCACGUGACUUCUACCACACUUGCUACUGCCUGAGUGGCUUAUCCAUUGCCCAGCAUUUCGGAAGUGGGGCCAUGCUACAUGAUGUGGUCAUGGGCGUGCCUGAAAAUGCUCUGCAGCCCACUCACCCCGUCUACAACAUUGGACCCGACAAGGUGAUCCAGGCCACCACACACUUUCUGCAGAAGCCGGUCCCAGGCUUUGAGGAAUGUGAAGACGAGGUGACCUCAGAUCCAGCCUCCGACUAGAGGACCCCAUGGCUCCCCCAGCUCCCCCAGCAGACAAAGUUUCUCCGUUUGGGUACAAAGCACGCUCUGUGCUUAUGGGAGCCUUGGCCACUGUGGAGCUGUGGUUUCUUUGUCCUUUCCUGUCAAACAAAACAAAGCCAUCAGCUGUGGGUUUGGAAUAUA